AACGGUGUGAACCUGGGAGGCGGGGCUUGCAGUGAGCCGAGAUGUGCCACUGCACUCCAUCCUGGGGGACAGAGCAAGACUCCGUCUCAAAAAAAAAAAAAAAAAAAAAAAAAGAUGGUCGCUGAAGGUCCCUCUAGAGCAGAGACCUGAAUCACGUGAGGGAGCAAGCCAUGGACAGAUCUGCAGCAAGGGUGUUCUUGCAAUGGAAACAGCAAAUGCAAAGAAACUGGCUUAAUGGGCGGAAGGAACAGCAAGCAGACUGCUGUGGCUAGAAAUACUGUGGGCAAGGAGGAGGGUGAGCUCAGAAAGGGAUGGAAAAGGCAGAUAAAAGGGCCUAGCUCCCUUUUAUCUGCCUUUUUUUUUUUAGUUCCAGAGGAGCUGAGAGUCUAUUCUCAUCUAUUCUGAUGAUGGGAAGCUCUUGGAGGGAUGAGAGCUGGGUCAUGCCCCCAUCUGCUUUGUUUUUAGAAGGAUCCACUUCAGCCCCUGUGUAGAGAGUGGACUAUAGAGUAUACGUCAGUUAACAACCAGUCAGCAAAACAGAAAUUACCCUAGGUAUUUCAGACAAGGGAAAUUUGAUACAGGGAAAGAACUGAAUGACCAAAUGGGGGAUGAUGAGGCAAUCCAAAGAUGAGCAACAGCCGGAAGUCACUACUACUCUUAAGACUGGAGAGAUAAAGGAAGUGAAUGGUGCUCUGAUGCCCAGAGGCUAGGAUCACCCUGCAGGAGCCAGAACCACAGAGGGGGCCACCUGAAGGGUGAGGGAAAUAAAUCCUGGCUUCUUCCCUCCUCCCAUCUGCCAGUCUUCUGCUGGUAACUUUCAUUGGCUGAACAUACCCAAAGUCAGUUGACAAAGGAGCCUGGGAAAUACAGUUCCCAGGAAGGCAGUAUAGCACUGGGGAAGAAGGGAAUGAAUCUGAGGGCAAACAGGCAGAUGGCCAGCACAAGGUGCAGGAGCUGAGACCGGGAGACCAGUUAGAAGGAUGCUGAAAUGUUCCAGGUGAGAGGUGGUGGUAGCUGGGACCAGCUUGAUGGUGAUGGUGAGAAAUGGCUGGAUUCCAGAGACCUCAGCGGACUGGAUAUAGGGCGUGGGGGAGAGGGAGUCAUCCUGAGAUGGACACUAAGAUGGAGAAGAUUCUGGGAGGAGCAGGUUGUUGGGGAGGGAUCAAGAGUCAUGGUUCUGUUUUGGACAUAGGAAGUUUGAGAUGCCCAUUAGUGAAAGUCCUGGUGGGGAAAUGUUGAAAAGGCAGCUGGAUACCCGUGAAAAGAGGAAGAGGCUUCAGAUACCAAUGCAAGCUAUCAGACUAUAGAUAGGGUUUUGCCAUGAAACUGGGUGACUUCGCCUGGGGGCGAACUCCCCACGGGAGUUACAUGGCUUUCCAUGAGCCAACCACAUUGGGGUGGGGAACCCUGACAUUCACUGAUUAGUCAAGACUGGGUUUUGUGCCUAAUCAGGAAAAUAGAGGGUGGGGAUCUUGUUCACCCAAACUUCCUGUCCUGAGAAUUGGGGAGGGGUGGUUUCCUAAAGAAAAUUCAGGGUGUUUAGCCAGGUGUGGUGGCUCGUGCCUGUAGUUCCAGCUACUCAGGCGGCUGAGGUGGGAGGAUCGUUUGAGCCUGGGAGGCAGAGAUUACAGUGAGCCAAGAUUGCGCCACUGCAUUCCAGCCUGGGCAACAGAGACCCUGUCUCAAAAAAAAAAAAAAAAGGAAAGAAAAGAAAAUUCAGGGUGCUCUUACCAAAAGGGGACCUGUUUGCUAGCAGCAAAAACAAAAGCAAACAACAGCAACAAAAAACCAAACAGCAUCUGCCUGCUAAGGCCUCCUCUCACUCAUCUCACACACUAUCAUGGAGCACCUAUUCUGUGUGAAGUUAAUAUUAGCUGAGCACCUACUAUGUGCCACGUCCUAUGCUUUUCUCUCACUUUUCCAGCCUCCUUUCUUUCUGAGAGAACUAGCCCUCUUGGGGGGGCCAGGGCAUGCCUAAAGGUCCUCCUGCUUCAGCUUUUGUCUCACUGGUACCUCAGUUUCCCUUUAAUAUGAGAGCUAAAUGCUCAUCCCAUUGAUGAGGAUGGGGGAGGACAGGAGAUGGGGGGGCACUUCUCACCACUGAGAAAGGUAGAGCAGGCUCUGGCUGACUCCAAAGCCCACACUCUAACCCUCUCAAGUCUAGGCUCCAAGUCUGUGCCUGCUCUGUCCUCCACCCCUCCACCCUAGAGGCACCCCCAAGCACUUCCACAGCAGAGCCUCCAGCCUUCAGCUGGCAGCUGCUAGGACCCAGGGGGCUGGCGCCAGGCCCUGCCCCUCCCUUGCCAGCCCUGUGUGGCAACAUCAGAGUGACAGCCAGUACCAUCUCCGACAGGGGCUGAGUUGCUGGAGCUGGGCUGGGGCUGGGGAGAAAGACAGCAGACUCAUCCUUGCACCCCUCCAUGGGCCUGGCCAAGCCCCCAAGAGGAUGGCAGCCUGGGCGUCGGAGCCACCUCCUGGGCAGCCAAUGAGGUGAGGGGCCGGAGGAGCAAGGGACAAGAGGAGCAGGGGACAGGUGAUAGAAAUCCUGCAGCUGUAGGCUCCAUUCUGCCAUCUACAUCCCAGCGCAGGGUGAAGCCUGAGAGCCCAAAUGGCCAACUCCACAGGGCUGAACGCCUCAGAAGUCGCAGGCUCGGUGGGGUUGAUCCUGGCAGCUGUCGUGGAGGUGGGGGCACUGCUGGGCAACGGCGCGCUGCUGGUCGUGGUGCUGCGCACGCCGGGACUGCGCGACGCGCUCUACCUGGCGCACCUGUGCGUCGUGGACCUGCUGGCGGCCGCCUCCAUCAUGCCGCUGGGCCUGCUGGCCGCACCGCCGCCCGGGCUGGGCCGCGUGCGCCUGGGCCCCGCGCCAUGCCGCGCCGCUCGCUUCCUCUCCGCCGCUCUGCUGCCGGCCUGCACGCUCGGGGUGGCCGCACUUGGCCUGGCACGCUACCGCCUCAUCGUGCACCCGCUGCGGCCAGGCUCGCGGCCGCCGCCUGUGCUGGUGCUCACCGCCGUGUGGGCCGCGGCGGGACUGCUGGGCGCGCUCUCCUUGCUCGGCCCGCCGCCCGCACCGCCCCCUGCUCCUGCUCGCUGCUCGGUCCUGGCUGGGGGCCUCGGGCCCUUCCGGCCGCUCUGGGCCCUGCUGGCCUUCGCGCUGCCCGCCCUCCUGCUGCUCGGCGCCUACGGCGGCAUCUUCGUGGUGGCGCGUCGCGCUGCCCUGAGGCCCCCACGGCCGGCGCGCGGGUCCCGACUCCGCUCGGACUCUCUGGAUAGCCGCCUUUCCAUCUUGCCGCCGCUCCGGCCUCGCCUGCCCGGGGGCAAGGCGGCCCUGGCCCCAGCGCUGGCCGUGGGCCAAUUUGCAGCCUGCUGGCUGCCUUAUGGCUGCGCGUGCCUGGCGCCCGCAGCGCGGGCCGCGGAAGCCGAAGCGGCUGUCACCUGGGUCGCCUACUCGGCCUUCGCGGCUCACCCCUUCCUGUAUGGGCUGCUGCAGCGCCCCGUGCGCUUGGCACUGGGCCGCCUCUCUCGCCGUGCACUGCCUGGACCUCUGCGGGCCUGCACUCCGCAAGCCUGGCACCCGCGGGCACUCUUGCAAUGCCUCCAGAGACCCCCAGAGGGCCCUGCCGUAGGCCCUUCUGAGGCUCCACAACAGACCCCCGAGUUGGCAGGAGGGCGGAGCCCCAGCAUACCAGGGGCCACCUGAGAGUUCUCUCUCCUGAGCAGGAGAAAGGAGGGUGGUUUCCGUGGGGGCUCAUCCAACCCCUGCACAGGUCACAGCAGGUGCCCUGCUGCAUAUCUGGCUCUGGAACAGGAGGAGAAAGGGUGUCUGCUGCCUGGUGAGGCCCACGGACUUCUGAGAGCCAGGAAUUCUGCGGUCUGGGCCCAACACUGCAUAGCACUGUGCAGAGGCCGACCCUUCCUUAGGCCUCAGCUUUCCCAUCUGCACCCUGCAGCAUCUCUAAGGGCCCCUCCAGCAUAGGUGGUUUGUGAAACUCACAGG